AUGCGCGCUGACUACUGCCACAAUGUGCGACCGGUGCUGGCCCACUUGGCGGCCUUCCCGGUCAGUGGUGAGGCGCAGUUCAGAGCUGUCGAUGGCGCGAUGCCGCACUGGUCCCACAUUGGUGACGAGACCACCAAGCAUAGCCUCGAGAGUGCCAGCAGCCGAUCCGAGGCGACGCGCAUUGCGUCAGAAGCGACCGCCGCAAGCGGCGUGGCGUGGGGCGAGCUUCUGCCGGCGGCGUCUGCCGACGAGCUCUCCGCUGCUGUGGUGCUGGCGGCUCGCUGGGGACACGCCCAUGUCCUGGAGAAGCUGCUGCUGAGGGCCGGCUGCACAGACACACGGCGAGCCCUGCAGCUGGCGGCCUUGCACGGGCACGCGGACGCCGUGUCGCUGCUCCUCUCGCAGGCGCGCCCCUCCACGUCGGCCGCUGCUCCACCAGCGGUGGAAUGGCUGGCAGCUCCGCUGCGUGCGGCGUCUAGCUGGGGACACCUGCGAUGCGUGGAGGCUCUGCUGUCCGCGCGUGCUGACCCCGACGCCACGGACGAGCGCGGGCGGAGCGCAUUGCACGCCGCAGCGGCGUGGGGGUGCGAGAAGGUUGCGAGCGCGCUGGUUGCGGCGGGCGCCGACACCGCCUCCGCCUAUGCCAUCGCAUUGGCCAACGGGCACGAGCGGCUUGCGGAGCUACUCCAGGAGCCAACGGCAGACUUGCCGCAGAGCCACGACGUCCCACGGUCUGCAACACCCCGCAUCGCGCGUCCUCCGCUACCGCCAGCAGCGGCGCAAUCACCGUUCCUCCGCCAACGGUACGCGGCGCUCGCGCAUUGA